AAACGUGGAAAACGAAAUGACCCGCGGGUUUUGAUCAUCUUUUUCCCUCAUAAAUUUGGAGGCGGCUUCCCUUUCUAACGGCUCCUGUUAGAAUAUUCGUUUUGGCAGACUGCCGCGGUUCCACGCUAACGGCCAUCCCUGAAGCUAAAAUUAGUCUUUUAAUACACAUACAUAUGAUUCAAAAUCAUUUUUGUUGGAUCUCAGCAGGGUAAUAAUUCCUAAGUUUGAGAACAGUAAUUUGUUUUUGUCCUCCUCGCUGCCUAUGCGCUGUAAUCACUGUGAUCAGUACUGAUCUGCGAUAGUCAGGAAUCAGGUUGGUCCCAGCUUCCGCCAUUUCAUCCACUCCAUUAUUUCUGAAUAACAAAAAUACGGCUCACUGUAAGAGAACAUGCUUUCUUCGGAAAACUGGGAGAGGCAUAAGUGUGAAAAUGAGCGCAGUGGAGAGCGAGGUGUAUCUGGUUUUGAUGGAAUAUGAUGAGCAAUAUGAACGGCUUAAGAAACACAGUGAAAAGGGGAGUACAGCAGAACUGGAAAAGUAUGUAAGCAAUAAGCAUGAUAUGUUGUUAGAGAAUACCUUGGAGGCUGGAUCUUACCAGAAACGUUUUUCCUGGGUUAUUAUUGAUGGCUUUGUGGUUGAAAUGAGUUCUCAUCAGGCUGAGAUGCUGAGAUCUGCAGAGGGAGUGAGGGUGGUUGAGAAGGAUAAAGAACUCAAGCCUCCCUGAUUCCGAUUCCGAUUCCCUUACUCAAGAGAAGCAAUUUUAAAAGCCGCUUUUCUUCUUUGUGCCAUUUUUCAACAGAUUCAUCCCUGAUUUUCUAUGAAUUUAGAGACAAUGGGGAGUAGGAGACGCUCUUCAUGUGCCGUUUUGGUGAAGGUUUCUUCUUUGUUUGCAAGUUGUGUUGUAAUGAGAUUUCUAUUUAUGUUGCUGGUCAUAUCAGAAAUGGCUAAUAAGCUACAGUUGUUUAGUUCCAAAAAUACCAAAAAUGCAUUCGUAAACUCCCAAAAUAAGUAAAUACUGCUGGUCUUGUCUAUUGCAUUGGGAAAUUAUAUAUGCUUACGCGUUUUGUAACAAAUAUAAAGUGAUAUAAACUCUUAUGAGUAUAAUUUAAACAUAUAAUCAGGACUUCUGUUAUUGGAGACUUAAA